AACGACGAAAAACGGCGAAAAAACGACGAAAAACGGUGGAAAAAUGACGAAAAACGGUGGGAAAAUGAUGAAAAGAUGGCGGAAAAAUGACAAAAAACGAGGAAAAAAUGGGAGAAAAAUUUAAAAAAAAAUGAAGAAAAAUUUGAAAAAAAUUGAAGAAAAAUUAGGAAAAAAUGGGAGAAAAAUUUG